AACUGGGAGCGGCUGAUGCAGACUAUAUUUACGGUUGCUCUCGCACCACCUUCCACCAGUGAGGCAGUUCUUUGUAAGGGAGUGAAACGUGACGGUGAAGAUUUUUGUCCUUCUGACCUUAUCUCUCGAUUAUUAAACCUAGUGGCCUUUUUCAUCAAAAGUUCCGAGGAACAACCCCAUAUGUUCACCUUACCGGGUAGAACGAAGACCGAUUUCAAAACUAUCGAUCCUGCCGUAACCGAUGCUGAAGUUAUGGACGCUUACGUGGGAGGCGCCCUUACGUACCAGCACAUGUUCGAACGGAGGACGACGCCCUGGGAAAUGGCCUUGUGGGAACAUGACGAACUGCAGUCCUUCAACAUUAACCUCGAGGACGUCGAUCGACUAUAUUACAUCUAUUUUCACGACGACGGAAUCAGCGGCCAGGAAUACCGUCUGAUCGCUCGCGUGGACUACAAGGACCUCCCCCUCUACGUCGAACUCACGGCAGGUUGCGACUUCACGGGCUUCGAUUGCCAAGGGCAUGGCGUCAUCUUCGUCAGCAGAGACGCCAACUUGUUCAUGAAGCUUUGCUUAACAGCUGAGUGCGAGAGGGACCUCAUAUACAAGUCCCUGGCGGAGGACGGCAUCCAGAUCGAAGAGCAGGAGGAAUACGACGCCUGUCGCAGAAUGUUUUGGAAAACGGCCCCCAUGCUGAAGUACCUGUGUCACCAGGCAGCCUACGAACACAGAGCGAAACUGUGGCCACAGUUCUCCAGUUUACCCAAAAUCCUUGCAGACAGUGUGGACGAUUUCAUUAAAUUUCAUGAAGCUAAGAAAGUGUAUGAGGAUUUCUGACGAUUAUAAUUAUGGCGCAUAUUACCUCGAAUUUGCAAUACAACAUCACGUUUAAAGGAGAAGUUUCCAAUGGUUUGAGAGUAACUACAAUAGGGACUAUUGAAAAUGUUUCCUGUUCUAAGAAAAUUAAAGUCAGAAAAAUCUUGCAUUGUAGUUGUUUAUUCAAUGUAAAACUCUAUGGACACUUCUCCACAGUAUCAUAGCAUCGAGAAGAUACAGAACAUCAAGCUUCGGUACCUCUGCUGUUAGAAUAUUUCAACAUAUGGCCGUCCACUAUAGUCUAUAAGUGGCCUCGCCUCAAUAUCCUUAUUGCAUGCAUCUCUCAUCAAUCAUCAUUUGGAGAAAAGGUGUUAAGCUCCCGGCACUGUAAUCAUAAUUAUAAUUAAAUAUUUUAUUUUAUAUCGAUCUAAUCCACUGUUGUUCCUCCUGUUACACCUUUCAAUCAAACCUUUCUGCUCCCAGUUUCCGUUUCACCGCUGAAUGACUUCAUAAGUCCCAGCGCUUGGCCUUUGGCGAAAAUUCUGCAUUCCAUUCCAUUCAUACUUAUUCCAAAUCAAUAUGACUAUAUUCCUCCAAUAUAUUGUUAACUAUACUAGAAUCUACCAGCCACUUCCAGAAAUAAAGUUAUCUGAAAGUAAGUCAAUCUUGUCUUUGUGUUGUGGACGCCUUGUAGUGUGUGUUAUUGUUCCUAGAGAAGUAACGUCAAGAGACUAGAAACUAAUGCGUUGGGGAUAUAAUAUCAAUAGUAAGGUCUGACGUGGAAGAAGUGUAGAAGCGGAAAAUAACCAUACAACAGAACGCCUAUCGUAAAACAAGACUGGAAAUCCAGGUACCACGAGAAUGUUGCCAAGGCAGAACACCCGUUUUGUGGGCAUGUGAACUGUUUUGGUCAAAGCUGUCUUGAUUUCUGCCCAAAAUGAAUUCAACAAGAACAUUAUAACUGUCAGUAACAGUUACAUCUCGUAUUGCUCUCUGGUUACACUGUGCAAAUCGAGCAGGGUUUUUGUCAACUGUUCCCCAAGGUAGCAGGAACAUUGUAAGCAUUGAACAUGACCCUCAUGGAUGUUUGUUUAACCAAAGGUAUUCUUUGCUGCAUGAACUAUGCUGGAAGUGACGACAACCCUUCAGAGUUGGUACGACUACGUAAUUCUGUAACGACCAGUUAUCACCGUUGUUCCACCUUAAAGUGCUUUUCGCCCUGACUGUACGAAGACAGUUCAUGUGUUAUAACUCCUAAUCAGCUUCAAGAUAGGCUGACCAUGUAUAUGAACUUGCAAUGGACUCGGUACUUUACAAUCAUUUUUAGCCUUCCUCCAUGCUGUGGACUUACGAAAUAUGAUGCUUUCAUGUGUGUGUAAAUAGGUUUAUUUGUUUCAUAAUGGUGUCUGUAAUGUAAACAUCUUUGGAUAAUGCAAUGAAUCUCUUUAAGGGAAAAUGGACCAUGGAAUCGUCAUGGUGGCCUUCGAUUGGAGAAAAGUGACUGCCCCGGGUGGCUAAAUUAACGAAGAAAUUAAUUUCACAGAAAGAAUAAAACUAAAAAUUAAUUAAUCUCACAAGAAUGAAACGAAACCAUUAUAUUGAAAGUGUAAUGAUCAAAUUGUGCUGUGUAAACUGGUGAGAAUAAUUAAACUAAUGAAUUGGAAUAUUUUGUGGGUGUAAAAAAAAACUGGUAAGGGUUUUAUAAAAAAAAAAAGAAAGAAUAAAACGUAUUUUUCACGAGAAUUCCAUUAUAUCACGAGAAUUCCAUGUUUCUCUUACCACUGUACCAUUCAAGGUUUGAUAAACAAUUUUUUGUGUUUUUACGAGUUGUGGACAAAUGUGUUACAGACACCUUCAGUAGAAACAAAAUCAAUUUAGUCAUACUUGCUACGAGGAGAAAGGUCAUGAAUAUCAUUUACCUAAAAACUUUAGGAAUAAUUGCUCCUUCUGUUUGACAGAAAACAACCAGAACUCAUUUUCACUAUAUGUAAUAUCCCAGAGCAAGUCUACUUUUGUAUCAGGAGGAUUUGUAAGGAGUGGCAACAUAAUUUUGACUUAUUUGUAUGUGUGGUGGUAUGUAUGUACAUAUGUGUGUUUGUUCAACAUUUAGUCGUCACUCCUUACAACUCUUCCUAUAAAAUCGUAGAUGUGCUCCAGGAAAUUAGUGAAAGCGAGUUCCAGUUAUUUUCUUACACGCAGAAGAAACAAUUAUUCCUAAAAGGUUUAGGGCAAAUAAUAUUCAUGACCUUUCUCCUUGAAGCAAAUAUAUGUGUGUGUGAGUGUGAGAAGAAAUAUAUGUAUAUAGUGUCUAUUAUAUAAUAUAUAGUAUGUAUACAUACAUCAAUAUGGGAGAUAGAUAUAUAUAUAUAUAUAUAUAUAUAUAUAUAUAUAUAUAUAUAUAUAUAUAUAUAGAUAUAUAUAGAUAUAUAUAUAGUAUAUGUGUGUGUCAGAAUGUCUAGUGCAGUGCUAUUCAACCUGGGUGGACAGUCCAGUCCACCUUAUAGUGGACGAGAUUAAGUGAGGGGUGGACAGCUGUCUAGGGGUGGACGAGAUCCUCACCUGCACGUGUCUGUAAAAUAUACAAGAGACUCACUCUUUCUCAUUCUUCUAUAUUUCUUGAAAUACAUACCACAAAUACAUAUUUACCUAUUGUAACGUCGAGGUUGUCACCUCGCCUACUCGCAAGACCUACGUUUUCCUUACUGUGGAUGCAAACCCCAUGGCAGUUAAAUGUCAGGAUGUGCUCUGAGUGGCAAAAUUGUCUUACAUGGCUUCACCCUUCGAUCAUCUGAACAAGCUGAACAUCAGUCAGCAAGGCAAAGGUGGGGAUAUUUUUACAAGUAUAGGGAAAAUAAAUGCAUUUAAACUGAAGGUGAAAAAAUGGAAAAGCAAUGUAGAAAAGUGGUGCUUUUCUGAUUUUGAAUGAUUUGACUUCUUUAUGAGAGAAUGUGGCUGGGAACAUACGUAGUAUCCAGGCAACAGAGCAGACACUGGAGGUACAUAUGUCACACUUAGUUAUCAGACACCUUACUUUGAUGCAAGAAAACUUUGACUUCUAUUUCCCAGACAGUGAGAAUGACCAGCUGACCUCCAACAUGUGGAUGCUUAAUCCCUUCACAGAUGAAGGAACUGAUCAUUGUGAUGCUCUUUUGGGGCUUCGAGCGGAUUAUUCACAAAAACCAGUUUUCAAGACAUUUAUCCAUCCCAUGGAUUUCUGUGUUACCUUGCUUGAUAUUCCAGAGUACAAGGAUCUAGCUGAGCAAGCAAUAGCCAUAUUUGUACAGAUGCCAACAUCAUAUUUGUGUGACCAAGGGUUCUCUUGUUUAGUUCUGGUGAAGACAAAGAAAAGGAAUGCAAUCCUGAACUUGGAUCCUCUAAUGCGAAUUGCACUUGAAAAUCGUCCGACACCUAGAUUCAAACUAAUAGCAAACAAAGUGCAACAGCAGUCAAGCCACUGGUGUUUUUUUUAGAAGAAAACUAUUUAUUUUAUUUUUUGAUACGUACCAAAUAUAGCAAACAGUGUCUGCAAUUUUACUUUAGUGAAGGACAAUGCGUCUAAAUGGCAUGCUUAAUGUUAUCUUGUGUAUUUUGAGCCUCUUAGUUUGAGAUGAGGUGUGUAAAUAUAUGGAUGAAUAUGUAAAAGUUAAAUAAAAAAUAAGAAAAACUGCCUUUUUCUGUUUACAUACUCAUAAAAAUGAGAUAUGAAACAUAGAUUUUAAAUAUUAAAAACGUGAGAUUUUUAAUGAGACUUUUUCAGGGUGGGAGUGGACAGCUUCUACUUAAUCACCACAUUAAAAAAGGUUGAAAACCACUGCUCUAAAUAAUGAUUGAUGCGAGAUGCAUGCAAUAAGGAUACUGAGGGGAGGUCACUUAAGACUGUAGUGGACGGCCAUAUUUUAAAGAGUUCUGUAACUUCUCGAUGCUAUGAUACUGUGGAGAAGUUUCCAU